ACUGCAUACCGUCGUCGGAUAGAAUCCACAGGUCUUCCCUCGAGGAUUAAAUUGAUUUGUGGCUGCCGUCUAUUUCUAAAACCACCCACGCUUAAAACUUCAAAAUGCGUCACAUUGCUGCAUACCUCCUCCUCCAGAUCGGUGGCAACACCUCCCCUUCUGCCGCCGAUGUCAAGAAGGUCCUCUCUGCUGUUGGCAUCGAAGCCGACGACGAGCGCCUUGACAAGUUGAUCUCUGAGCUUAAGGGCAAGGAUGUCAACGCUCUCAUUACUGAGGGUUCUGCUAAGCUUGCCUCCGUCCCCUCUGGUGGUGCUGUCGCUGUCUCCGCUGGUGGUGCUGGUGCUCCCGCUGCUGCUGCCGAGGAGAAGGUGGAAGAGAAGAAAGAGGAGGAGAAGGAGGAAUCCGAUGAUGAUAUGGGCUUCGGUCUUUUCGACUAAACGCUGCCUCGGGGUCACGAUACGCUACUGUACUGUCCACUAUCCUACGUACGACAAUGAAAUUGCAAUGCCCCUAAGAGAUGUGCUGAGCGCGUGUGCCGUAACAAUAUUAAAUUGGAGUCUUCUAAUGAGUU